AUGAAGGUAGUGACACAUCUCUGGAAAAAGAUCAAGCAAAUGAGUCGUCCAUUUGUGGGACAAGUGUAUGGCAAACAGCCGUUGUUAGUGAAGUAUUUUGAAUAUGAGGAACUAAAGAUCCUGAAAGAGAUAGUCCUGAAGGAGCAUGAGCUAGUCAAGGAGCGCCAGUCACAGGAGAAGGCACAAGAGGAGGAACCAGAGACCAACAGAAAUGUGAAGGUUCUGCGAGACCUAAACCUGGACCUUUGCUCCCUCUGGGAUCCCUGUGAGGCUGAAGGACAAUGCCACAAACUUGAGGAUGGAUUCAGAGAUGACUGCUUGUCCAAGCAAUGCUAUGACCAAGUGUGUGCCUCUCCAACACUUGAAAUACCACCACAACAGGGAGACUACCCCCCAGACUUGGAACCAGUUACAGCGCUAAGUGUCCCCACAGAGAUUCUUCUUGAGAUCUUCAGCUACCUGAGUCCUGCUGAAUUAGGACAAUGUGCUCAGGUGUGCUGGGCCUGGAAUAAUGCUGCCUUCUCACCCCCUCUGUGGAAGGCAAUAUACCCUGUGCAGUGGGCCAGAGGAAUUUGGAAGUGGCAUGAUGUGGGUCUCACCCAUGCACUUGAGGAUGCAGCAUCUGGGAAAGUCUCUAGAUACCUUGAAAAGUGGGAUGAAGAUGCUGACAUUGAUGAAGCUGAGGAAGAGCGAGACCCACAGGCAGAUAAGGAAUGUUUUGUAAUGGAAAGCCUGGUGAAAUGGGUGCUGCCUCGGGUAGGAGCAGCGGUGAGCACUUUAGUCCUGGACACUGGCCGGGGCAUCACUUCCCGACUACUGCACAAUGCCCUCCUCCUCUGCCCAGCCAUUGUAAACCUGUCGGCUGCUCACACACAAAUUGAUUAUUAUUCCUUUAAGGGGUUAUGGUUUCAAGGAUCCCUGCAGUGCCUCAAAAACUUAGACCUGCAAGGAUGUGAACUCAUUGAUGAUUCAGCCUUGGAAUGUCUUGCACAGUGUGCUUACCCUGCACAUUGCCCUAUGGUCAAAGGUAGCUUGUAUUGCCCCUAUGACAUCAAUCCUUUAGCUUACAAUGUAGGUCUGAGGAAUGAGGUUUUUGCUUCACCUUUUGAGACUGAGGUGUGUCGGCAGUGUGGGGCCAUGGGGGGCUGCUUUUGCCCUGGGAGGAGAAAUGUUCCAAAUGGAAUAUUCUCUGGGGACCUUCCGCUCCAGGGGUUGGCAGGAGGAGGAAAGUCAAUCUACAAUAACAGUAAAAAUGUCAAGAAGAGUAACAAUACUCAGAAGAAAGCUCGAAAGAAAAAUUCUAUGCCUUUCCCCCAGGAAACUGUCCAAGGAAAUGGCAUAUCCAAUACUGGUCUAAGAGCAAAUGAGCAAGACAUUGAGGAGAUUUGCUGUUACAUGGGAAACUACAGCUCACCCCCAGGUUUGCAGGGAAACCUUUCCUGCAGAAGACCAGAGUAUGAAACAAGGAGUGUGAAUACCUGUAAUUUCAUGCAGCAGAGUUUCUAUGACCCAAGAUAUGAGAAAUUUGAUAAUGGUGUGAGAAAGAUACAGCUUACUAGCUUGAACCUCUCAGGGUGCUGGAGAGUGACAGAUGAGGGACUCUUAGCAUUGCUGGACAGUGGUAUGGUGGUGGACAUUUCGCAUUUAGAUGUUAGCGGAUGCUUCCAGCUUACCGGAGAAGGCCUGGAGAUAUUCACAGAGACCUGCCCUUCCUUACAGCCAGAAAAGCUCUCAUACUGUGACAACAUCACUGAUGGGCCCUACCCAAAUUUAGCCAAUGGAUGUGCAAAUCUUUGCAACCCGUUGAGAGUUUGCUGUCGAAAUGGGAGGUGAAGGGAACACACUGCAGAGUUUCACUUGCUCUUGCAGGGAUGUCUAUUUAGAAUUACAAAAAAAAAAUUAGGUCACAAAACAAUCCAUUUCUAUGAGCUCUUUCUAGCUGUUUUCAGCGAUGCAUAGCAGUCUUUUCACAACACAAUUGCCACACUUUAAGAAAAUGUGAAAAAAACUCUGUAGUUGAAAUGCUCGCUAACACUUUAUUACAUGUUUCACCGUUAUUUGGAACCUAAGUGUACUCACAUACAAUUAUCAGUAGGAUAGACAUUUCAGUCAAGCUUGCUGAUAAGAGACUCCAUCCAGUUCUAAGAAAUAGAUGUAGAUUUUUCUGGAAAGUGGAUUUGCUGCGUACAAGCUUUUUCUCUGGUCUCAGCUUCAUGUUGUUGAUAUUUCUUAAUGUCUGGGAUGCAGGAUAGAUUCUGAUUACAGUUCUUAUGUGGAUUUUUUAUUAUUAUUAUUAUUUUUUAAACCUUAAAGGAUAUGGAGCUCCUUGUGCACAUGAGAUAGGGUUCUUAUAUACAACUUUACUUCCUCUUGUCUUCUGUAAUUCAUAGUUCUGCCUAUAUUUAUCCUCUGUGGAUUUCUAUGAUAUAGAUGAUUUUUUUUUUUUACAAAA